UGUGUGAGACUUUUGCCGGGAACAGAUCAAGGAUACAAGCCCUUCAACUCCUGUAAAAUGAGCUAUACCAGUGAAACUGCACAGAGGAAUCACAGCACGGUGACCCAACUCAUUUAUCUUGGCUUCUCCCAGGAUCCAGUGACACGAGCAAUACUUUGCGUAGGUUUCUCCAUUAUCUACACCAUCUCCCUGAUGGGCAACAGCAUCAUCAACCUCAUCACAAUGCUGGACUUGGCCCUCCACACCCCUAUGUAUUUCUUCCUCUGGAACCUGUCCUUUUUGGAGAGCUGCUACAUCUCUGUCACCAUCCCCAAGAUGCUGGUCAACUUUGUCUCUGAGGAGAGGACCAUCUCCUUCACUGGGUGUACCAUCCAGAUGCAUUUCGUCCUUUCUCUUGGGACAGCAGAGUGCUACCUGCUGGCCGCCAUGGCAUACAGGGCCAUCUGCUCCCCUCUGCAUUACCCCACCAUUAUGAAUCCCAGAGCCCGUGCCAAGAUGGCUGCUGUCUGCUGGCUCUAUGGAAUCCUGAUGCCCAUGAGCAAAGUGAUUUGCAUCUUCUCCUUGCCCUACUGUGGGCCCAACAAGAUCAACCACUUCUUCUGCGACAUCCACCCUGUGCUGAAGCUGGCCUGUGGGGACACCUCCAGGAGCGAGGUCUUCAUUGUACCGAUCAGCCUAAUGAUCACUGUCAUCCCCUUCCUAAUGGUGCUGGUGUCCUAUGCCUGCAUCCUCUACACCAUCCUGAAGACAACUUCAUCCGAGGGAAGGCACAAAGCUUUCUCCACCUGCUCCUCCCACCUCACCGUAGUCAUCUUGUUCUACGGUUCAACCUGUGCUAUGUACCUGCAGCCCAAGUCCAGCCACGUAGCGGACAUGGACAGAGUGGUGGCCCUAUUUUAUACCGUCGUCAUCCCCACGUUAAACCCUAUGAUCUACAGCCUAAGGAACCAGGAGGUGAAGGCUGCUCUGAAGAGACUGAGGGGGAGGAAAAGAUUUUCAUGAAAGAUUUAAAAGCUUUGGAGCUGUCCAGUUCAAAUUAGGACUUUUUAUCAAAAUAAAUUAAAAAUUACCAAACAAUUUCUUCUGGCUGGGUUUUCACAUUACAGCAUCUUUUCUCUCCUCUCAUGUCUAUGGUUCUGAUAUAUGAGGACCUGUCUGAAAACUAAAGCCAGGCAGCUGAACUUCUUUCUUUCUUUCUUUCUUUCUUACAGUUACUUAGGAAUAAAUGUACUGAUGCCAAUGUUGACACCCUGGGGGCUUGUUCACAUGGGGAUACUCAAGAAAAUUAAUCCAAAUUAACUAAAGGUGUGGAUUAAAAGUGGAUUAGCUAAACUACAUUAAACCCGUCUGUGGGCACUUUCAUUUGGAAUUACAGUGGCCUUACUUUGGAAGUGGAAUUAAACUAACCUGAAUUAAGGCUAUAUUAAUUUUGAAUGAGAGUGUCCACACAUGGGUUUGAUGCAGUUUAUCUAAACCUCUUUUAGUACACAUUUGGGCCUGUUCUACACUAAAAAGUUAGCUUGACCCAGCUUUAUUGCUCAGGGGAGUGAAAAAUCCACACCCCUAAGCAGCAUAGUGAAGCUGUUCUAAUCCCCAGUGUAGUCAGUGCUAGUUGGCCAGAAGAAUUCUUUCAUCCACCUAGCUACUACCUCUUGGG